AUGAACAGUUCUCGAGAUAGUUCACAAGAAGGGCCCAACGCUGACUUGGGGGAUGGUCUAGAGGGAGAUGGUUCUACAAGUGCUACUGGCAAGGAGGUGAAGCAAGGUCGGGGUCAAGGGAAAUGCAACUGGUUUCUAAAUAACAAAAAAGAGUCGGUUGAUUUAUCUCCAUUUGGCAGAGUUAUCAGUGAUAAUAGUCCCCAUUUUUCUAGAUACAUGGGUAUUCUAGCGCGGGAUGCCAAUCUAAUUCCGAUCAAGUAUUUAAAAUGGGAAAAAGGCACCAUUGAAUUUCGUCCUGAACAACAACCUAUGAUUCAUGUCUUCAAGAAUGUAACAAUGAAGAAUAUUGAAAAAUUGUGGAGAAGUUUCAAGAGUGAUUUGAAGAAAGCUUAUUAUAAGCCUUUCAUAGGAAGUAAAAGACGAUGGCAAUGUGGGGAUUCUCGUGUAGACCCAGAUCAAUGGCGGGUGUUGGUUGAACAUUGGGAAAAAGAUGAGAUUGUAGAACAAGCUAAAAGAAAUGCUGAAAAUCGGAGUAAACAAACAAUGAAUCACACAUCUGGCACAAAGUCUUAUGCUCGCAGCAAAGCACAAUAUAAUAAGAAACAUGGUGAAGACCCCGAUCCUAUUUGGUUUUUCCAAGAUAAGCAUACUCGGCGUGACGAAGAUCGAUCAUGGGUUAACUCGGUGGCUGAGCAGAAAUAU